AAAUUAAUUUACAUUUCAAAUUUUAACAUACAUUAUUUUUUAAUGAUUUUUAAAUUAUGUUUUAACUUUUAUAUGUGGAUUGGUGUAAUAAAAUGUUUGGUAGAGGCUAAAGGUGAUGUUGUUUUCAACGACCCUAACAUACUAGUCAUGAAAGAUGUUGAUGCCAUUUGUGUUCACUCUACAGACAGAGGCGAUGUUUCAAAGGUUCUUGAGAUGUGUAAAAGAGGUUCAAUUGAUGUGUUUUCAUAUGAUUCGAAAUCCUCUAAAAUUUGUAAAAAUGCCGAUAUUUACAACAUACCACAAUUUGUAAAUAAAAAAGGAAUAUAUACAGUAUUGCAUAAGAGAAUCUUUAAGGAUGUUAGUGAAAAUGUUAAAUUCAACGUGGAUUUUGAAUGUCUGGGAGAUAAUAUAACAAGACAAUCGCAAAACCUAUUUGAUCUUCUACAAAAUGGGGAAUUGGGAGGAUAUGUAUCAUUGAAUUUAAUAGGGAAAGAAUUUGAAGCAAAAUACUGCUGGACUAUUGGUAGAAGCUUUAAGAAGGAUAAUAAUAUUAGCCUAGCCAAACUAAAGAACUUAGAGCCUAAAAGGAUAAAAUAUAAAACAAUGCAAUGUCAUACAAAUGGAUCGAUUCAACCAGAUGAUUAUAAUGAUGUUUUCUACCCUGGUGAUAUCAUACCUUCCAACUCCGACUAAUCUUACCCAAUCAUCGCAUUAAGUUAUUCUU